GGAAACACACAUAACUUCCGCGACUUGGAGCAAUCUUGCAUGGAACGAAGCGCCUUGGCCUAACCAGGUCCUAGGGUUAGUGUGCGUGUCGAGGGAGGCAUCCCACUAGAUAGCAAGCAUUUCUCUAUCCCUGGCUAGACUAUCGCAUAUUGUGAGAUUCUCAGAAAUAAGGGCAUGCGCACAUACAUGGGAUGUGACCGCACUAGCUUGCCCGUAGCUGCUUCGGCCUGCUGCGGGCCCGUGGCUGCUUGGGGUGCUCACAUGGGCACUCGCCUUAGCCCAGGGCACCUCUGCGUCCUGUGGCAGUCGGCCAGACGCCUGGACGGCAUGGGAAGAUAGGACAAGGGAGCACAUGACGGCCAAUCGUAGCCCCAACGGAGACGUCGGCGUUCCAAACCCUUUGUGCGGUGCGCCUUGGGCUCAUACUACGGGGGGCUCAAGCGGCUUGGCACGCACCCACGGUGGCAUGCGGUCGUGCCACUGGACCAUACUUCGUACGGAGAUUCUGACAAAGUAGCAGUGCCGCCAGGUGGAUGGCAAAUUGAGUAGUAUCUUUCUAGGGGCUGGGGCCAAGACUGGGCCAAGACGAAUUUUAUUCGGGAGUCACGGUGCCGCAGCUAGCCGCAGUCCUUGAACUUUGCUCAGUAACCCCACACAGCCGGCUUCAAAAUCUUAUAACCUUACUUGUCACACGUGCGUCGACGUGAAGGACUGGGUCCGUCUGCGCAUGCGAACAGCUGCUGGGCGCCAGUCGCCAUGAGGAGUGUCACGGACACGAAAGUAACCCUCGUGGUAGCAGUACAACUGGUUGGUCGCGCCAGUCUGCUUACGACUCUAAGUACGCAUGAACACGCAAUUGUACAUAACUGCUUACGCUCUGCAGAUUAGCGUGUGCUGAGAGAGUAUAAUAGUUUCAGGCGACUGAACUAAAUUACUUUGACACAAUCGCAAGCAUGUGCGCCGUUGGCAGUUCGUGCUUGUUCUUGCUGCAUAUCCACGCCGAGAACGUGCCUUUUCGCGAUAAGAAUGGUAACUAGUUGCCCUAGAACGGGUUCCGGUUCUUCCGACUAGCCUGACUCGAGGACGUCCUGGCUUCAGGCACACAUAAUAAGUCACGAGGUUCUAAGAACGUUGCGAGGGGCGUGUGCAAUCGCUUCUACUCAAGAAAUGGAGCCCCCAGAACAGAGACUGUUGGUUUCAAGCCUUGCAGCCCUGUCAUAAUGGCAGCAUGCUAACGGAGGCUUUUAGAGCUUAAGGGAAUGGAGCGUGGAGAGGCAGCAGGGCGCGCCCAUAUGAGCACAAGCUGUAAGGUAAGCCAGUUUUAAGUUUGAAUCUUGUUGCAAAGAGUUACGUGCAUCGGGUGAGCGAGCUAUGCAUGCACUACGACGGAAGUUACGCAAGAAGGGGCUUAUGGUCCCUGCGGUAGCUAUGCGGUGCUUUAACGCUCAGGUGCGUGCGGUAUUAUCUUACGGUGCACAAGUGUGGGCACCAGACGCGCUUCUCCAAGUGUUCAAUGCGUCCCCAGUUGACGGUCAAAGAUAUGGAGCGUUUGAUCGAGCACUAGAGCAUGGCAUGGUUCGCAUUCAGAUGGAUUUCAUGAAGGAAGUGGUGGGAGCCCAGAAACCAACACAUGAACUGCUCUUUCGAGAGCUUGGGUGCAUGCCACUACACGUGCAUUGGGCUGAGCUUGUUUUCCGUUUUUGGAACCAACUGGUUAAGGCAACCGGUACUGUUUACCAUCAGGCGUUUAAGGAGGAGAUACGAGCGGUGUUGAGCAACCUACCGACGCCGCCCACGCACACGUGGGGGGCUAAAGUUCUGCGGUUAUUGAUGGUUGGCCUUGGCUACCGUUUCAGUGGAGAGGCAGCUGAUAUCGAGGCCAAUAUUACACGCAUUACUACGCAAGAACUGGAUGUUGCCUCCCUCAUGGGGAAGGUACGCGAGAAGUUUGAGGAGGACUGGGCUAGCAACAGGUUAGAGGUUAAUCCACGGGAUUUUGUGACGCAAGCAGGGGUCAAGCCUGGCGUGAAGAUAUGUCGUUACAAGCAUUGGAUGGGGGAAACACGGCACACGCAAAUCUACAUUCCCCGAGCAUGGCAUGUCUCCAUGAUGAGAUUCAGGAUGGGCGUGUGGAUGAUUGAGGCUAACAACCCACGCGGUGCGCAGGGUGCGCACAGGGAGAGAGCACAGAGAGUAUGUCCGCUUUGCCACGCUGAUGGGGAGGAGCAUGUAGAGGAUGAGAGGCAUGUGCUGCUUGAGUGCAAGGCGUACGAUGAUAUCAGAAGCACGCUGUGGGAGGUGAUUCCCGCGACUAUGAUGGACGCGAUGGCCAGUGGUGACCAGAGGGGUUUAGCGCGUGUCAUUCACGCGAUAAGGCUGCGACGUAACGACCUUAC